CAGCUGUGGUAAGGUUCAUGAAUGAUAAAGAUGAGCUUCAGACAGCCAUAGCCCUCAGCCUACAGGAAUCUGCAAUCCACCAGGUAGAGAGGAACGAUUCCAGAGACAGAUGCCCUGACUGCCUUUGUGUUGAAAAUAAGAACCGUGCCAAAAGAAAACGCUCCGACGUCUGGGGGAACUCGCCUGACCCCAAUGAUCUGAGAAGAAAUGGUGACUGGCCUGUCGGAUUAAAGAACAUUGGAAAUACUUGCUGGUUUAGUGCAGUAAUUCAGUCACUCUUCCACCUGCCAGAAUUUAGAAGAUUGGUCCAUAGUUACAGUAUUUCCCAAAGCAUGCUGGAGAGAUGUCAAAACAGAAGUGAGAAGAGAAACAUUGCUUUUAUGCAAGAACUUCAGUGUUUGUUUGCUCUCAUGGUUGGAUCCAACAGA